UCUGACGCAUCAUUUCCGUACCGUACAACAACUAUCAUAUUUUUUUUCUGAAAACUUCAAACAUAUCAUGGCCGAAUUCGGCCAAACCGCUUAUCUGGGUUUGUUUGGCAUUUUGUGCCUUUUGGUCGCCCGUGAUUUCUUAGGUGGCGAGCAGCAGGGCACUGCAGAAGCGAGCGUUGGAGAAAAUCCAACAAAAAUCGCAUCAAAGCUGAUGGGACCCACUAUUACCUUCUUGUAUUGUUACUCGUGAGGCUACCAGAAGGCAUUUGAGCAGUAUGCCGGCUUCAUCAAGGACAAGUUUCCGGACGUGCAGGUGGAGGGGGAGAACUUCCCGCCGCCUACGUGGAAGAUGGGACUUGCUCGACUCAUUGGUGUCGUCAAGCUAGUGCUCAUAAUGCUGGUGGUGGCCGGGGGUAACCCGUUCCAGUUCCUCAACCAGCCCACUCCCCAAUGGUGGAACUGGCUGCAGGAGAACAAAAUCUACGGCUGCAUGAUGCUCUUCUUCGUGUGCAACUUCUUCGAAACCAACCUGAUAUCGACGGGCGCAUUUGAGAUCCAGUUCAACGACGUGCCCGUGUGGUCCAAGCUAGAGACGGGCCGCAUCCCCAACCCUCCCGAGCUGGUGCAGAUUAUCGAGAACCAGAUCCGCUGGUCCACGCACGCCGGCGGCUCGAUGGGCGGCGUCUAGCCGCGGAACGGGGCGCCGCGCCCGCCGGCCGGCCGCGCCGCCCGACCGCCGCCGCCGCGCGCGCACCGCACCAGGACGGCUGGCUCGCAAACCGGACUCCGGGGGAGCCGGCCUGAUGCAGCGGUGCGCGCGGCCGGCGGCGGCGGAACGGCGGCGAGACGGCCGGCAGGCGCGGCCGAGUGAUUGUGAUUGUCUGUGGAUUGUGUUCAGUUCGGUACCGGGUUUCUGUUCGGACGGGGAAUAUGUUUGUGGUAUCCGCCUUCAAUUUCCUUGAGCUCCGAGAUAACCGGUGUUCUGUUCUUAAUGUCUCCUGCUUUCAGUUGAGACGGUCAACAUAUCGGGACUGUUGUAUUUCAUUCUGCCAGUAACUUCCUACGGACCGAGAAUCACUAAUAUUUUGUCUCCAUUUUAACCACAUCCCAGCAAAUUGCCGCGUUACUUUGAUUCCUCGUAUCAAUGUUUUGGAUGAAUGGGCUGGGCAGGGAGGGGGUGGGCAUGUCACUAGGUUAGUGAGGGCGCUGAGUCUGCCUGUGCAGCUGCUCCCGGUCUCCGUAAUGUAUACCAACAAAUACCGUAGCUCCACCAGCCGAGUUUGGCAAAUCGAACAAACCCGUUUGUAUUGGAGUGGUUGGACGAGGCGGCAUAUUUCAAUAACUGAAUGUGCAAAAAUGAUCCUCUCACGACAUCUUCCGCUAAGCCAGUACACUGAACUGUGGAAAUGAUGCAUGAACGUCGAUGCAAUAGUGAUCGUAAUUCUUCCUCCUCGGCCGUCUGUGUUUCAAUUCUGUUUAGUUGAUGCUUCACAUCAAUCAGACGAGUUUUGACUCCGUGUGUAACCACGAACCAGUUUGUUCCGUACUUCCGAAAAGGAGUGGUCUGAAAUUGCACUCAUUCUGCCUUAUUGUUUUUUUCCAGCUGCAUCAUUUACCAUCUUACGGCUAGCGCGUCGCUUCUAAAUAGGCGUAGUUUGGUAUCUGGAAUCUGGUCGUGCUGAGUUCACAUGAAGAAAAUUAUAAGUAAUGAAUCUGUGAGCAUUAUUUUAUUGUGUCGUAAUUGUGCAUUUUAUUGUUGUGUAGAACUGGAGCGAUUAUGCUCUUAGCACGAUGUUUACCCGUAUCGAGUGACGGUGCAAUGUAUCCUCUGGGGUUGAUUAUCCACCAUGCGCCUUAUUGCAAGCACGGUCUGAAAUAAAUAAAUACAAUAUUA